CAGCUCAAGGAAGCAACAUCAUCAGACAUCUAAAUCACGAGCAACACAGACAACGUCUCAGACUAAACCUAGGUCAAACCACCAGAAUGUUGUCUUGGUUCUUUGGCAAGGAAGAUGAGAGUAAAAAAGAAGACCUGAUCAGAUCUACCCAGUCCCUCCACCACUAUGUACACAAAUACUUUGAAGUCACUAACAGACUGUUGGAGAUCCUCAAUACUCAAAUGAAUCAAAACAUCUCACCUGCAGUCUCAGCAAAUGAAAGUGAAAGUAUUGAGCAGAACUGUGUCAGGGUUAGACAGCUUAUGUAUCGAAUCCUUGAUGUCUGUGAGCAGGAGGACAGACAUGUCCGGAAGAGCACUGAACCUGCUGUUUAUGAAAAGAUUGCCUAUGUGGUUUCAUUGAAGGAAAAAGCUGCAGUGAUAAAGGAACUGCAUGAGAACACCAUGGGUCUCUUGGGGAAUGUCUUAUGUCCUCUAGUCACCGUUAAACUGACAAAAAGCGAUCUGAGAAAUGUAAUGCCUCCAGUGGAAGAGCUUAAAUCUCAGUCUGCAUCAACAUUUGUCCUGGGAGAUCUCGUGCAGAGCAGUGAAAGAAUCAUUAAACUUCUGUGUGGACCACAGAACCAACAGAAGAGCCUUGAUGAAGCCGUACAGUUAAUGCACGACCUCCUCUCAAUUCUGAAGCCGCCUUGUAACUCCUACAGUAACAUUCUCUGUGACGUUGAAGUCUAUGUGAACAUCAUAUCUGAAAAUAUCUAGAGCAGAAUUUUAAAAAACUUAAAGAGAGAUAACUCAGAGAUGAUAGUGAUGUUAAAUAAAGCAUACAGUAGCAGUUAAAAGGAAAUGGAAGUUUAUAUUCUGUCAACUUUUUGCCAUUAUGGUGAUCAGUGUUACAUUUAUUUUAGCUCUUUACUCUUGGGCUUUAAUGUUUCUAUUUUUUCUGACUCUUGUGGUAACGUGUUUACAUGCUUUUACUUUGGUAAAGGAAACCAAAAGAAAUAACAUCAGGUGAUUUGAGCAGUAAAUGGUCUAACUGUAUCUCUUAUAUUCAUUCAUUUGCUUUUCCUAAUGCAUUACAGUGAUCUUUCUAACAUAACAGCAUGUGAUAAAGACAACAGUUCCAAACAAAAAAAUUACCGUUUUUUUUUUGUGGUACUACUUUUUUAUGCAUACCACUUCUGUUUUAAUCUUCCUUAUUUCAAAAUGUCAAAUUCAGCAUCUUCAGGUUUCACUAGAAAGCACUUUGUAUGCUUUUCUAAACUCAGCAUGCAUAAGCACUCAGUUUCACUGUUUAAGUUCUUUCUGAGGUCAUCCUCGAGUUUACUGACUCAGUGGUUCCCAAACCUUUUCAGCGUGCGGCCCCCCUUGUGUACAGUGCAUUUUUUCGCGCCCCCCGAAAGAAAAUUUAUGAUAAAACAGUUUUAAAAUGUAAUAUUUUAAUUAAACAAAACAUAUAAAAUUAUACCUAGUAGUGCUGUUGGUUAGUUGGCUUAUUAUUUUUUAGGUUUAAUUACACAGAAUUCAUGAUAAAUGAAAGUAUUUUAUAAAAUGGCAUAAAACUGGGGCCCCCCUGGCACAAUCUCGCGCCCCCCAGUUUGAAAACCACUGUACUGACUGAUGUUUAAGCUUCAAUUCUCGUUUCUUUUUUAGAUACGAGUAGCUACACAAUUCUCUUAAAAUCUUUAGUGAGUAUUGUAAUUCACGUCACACGGUCAUCCUACCACAGGUGUAUAACUACAAAACGUUCCACUACCCAACCCAGGUAGCAAAGUGCAGUUAUGAUGGCCCAGUGGCAUCUAGGCCAGGUGUGAGUAGAGGGAUGUGUGUGGCCCAAAUUUGGCCCAGGAAUUAUUGAAAGAAGGGCUAUGACAAGUGGUGUAGUGCACUGUAAAAAAUGCAGCAUUUUUGUCAAACCAACAUAUAUUUUUAUGCUACUUUAACUUAGAAAAUGAAGUUAAACAAUUUUAACUUAUGUCAACAAUGUACAGGUCAAAACUUAAAAGAGUUUUUUGUACAGUGUGGUGCCUGGAGAAGUUGGUUUACCUCUAAUUUAUGCCCCUACUUUUUUUUUUGACAAUCAAAUAAAAAGCCUCAUGCUGCAUGUUGGGUAUCAGAGGUAUCUGACCUUAAAUUAUUUACCCUAACCCUAUAUUUUGAUUAUUUGUCCGAAUAAUGAAAACUGUAAGGAAAAUUAUUGUACUCUUGUUCGAGAAAAUAUUUUUUAUAUUUAAGUGUGCAAUGACUUGAGAAAAUAAUCUUUUAUCUACGGAUAAUUCCGUUUAUGAGCGCUAGGCGCCAUCUAGUGGUAAGACUUGGCACUAGUUUAACAGUUAUUUGAAUUCCUACUUCCAUGUGCACUGACCAACUGACCAAAUACUAUUGUUAUAAUAAUAACAUUAUAUAACUUUAUUGUAUUCAGUUUCGUUAAUUCCAUGUUAUAAACUUUAAGAGGCUGAAUUGGGUAAAAUGGUAACGACACCAAAUUCAUAUGAACCGAUCAACUGCAAUAUGCUGCAAAUCUUUCAGAAAAACAAUGUGGUUUUAUAAGUUUAUUACUAUAAAUAGCAAUGGUAUUGUUUUGAAUUGUGAUACUGUUUUUUUUUUAAUUGGACAAUAUAUUGAGAAUAUUCGAGAAUAACAUAAUUAUUUAUUUUAGAAAAUACCAUAUACGUGAAGCAAUUGUCAUUUGUAUCAAAUAUUAAAUCAUUUCCAUGGAUCUAAACGAUUUCUAUGAUUCUUAAAAUUAAAGCUCUAAAAACAUAAUUGAUGUACAGAACUGCG